GAGAGAGAGAGAGAGAGAGAGAGAGAGAGAGAGAGAGAGAGAGAGAGAAAGAUAAUUUGCUCGCUCCCUCACACAUUCACUCGUGUUAUAUGGCAGCGUGUGGAUUAGACUGACAGCAGACAGUGUGUGCUCAGAGGAGAGACGACAGACAGCAACUGCAUUCACACAACGAUGACAAACAACAACAGCACAGCCUUUACAUGAAGCACAUUUUUAACUUUUCUCACUUUCAAGCACAAAGAAACAGGAUUUUCUUCUCUCCGGAGCUGAAACUAAAACAUCAACUGCAGACGCUUCAACGCGCAGCCCGUGCAUUAUAACAACCGAAGCAUUUAAGGAUUUUGUUGGCUGCUGUUUUGAAGCAAAAUGCCUGACUGCAGGAUUUCAUGAAUCCAAGGGAAAACAGUGUGCAGCGUUUGAUGUCCUUCAUACGGAUUACAGCUCUAACCGGGUCUCUUACAGAGCAGCCAAACUGAGAACGGUCCUGAUCUAGUCUCCACCGAGAACUUCAGACCGCUGACAAAGUAAGUGUCCGGUUGUUUCUUGUGUGUCUGUGUGUGCAUGUCGACUGCACCUGUAGCUAUGAAGAAACAUCCCGUCAGAUUCAUAUGGACCACAACUCAUUCUAUUGGCUUUGACAAACGUGUCGUCGUGAGACCGAUGUUAUUCGCAUACGGCUGGUGAAUCGUGGACCUCGGCCAUGGGAUCGAGGCUGGGGGGGAGAACAGCCUGAUCUCUUGUGCUCAUCAAAGAGCCUCCCCAGAUCCACCAAUCAGGGACCAGCGGGGCAGGAUGGUGCCGCCCCCUCCCGCUAACAAGCCGCACGCGUUCCUGUCCGCUAUCGUCAUCGUCGGCAGCAUGGCGCUGAUGGACGCGUACCUCGUCGAGCAGAACCGAGGCCCGCGCAAGAUCGGCAUCUGUAUCAUGGCGACCGUGGGUGACCUGUGUUUCCUCAUCGUCCUGCGCUACGUGGCGGUGUGGGUAGGAGCCGAGGUGAGGAGCGCAAAGAGAGGCUACGCCAUGAUCCUUUGGUUCCUCUACAUCUUCGUUCUAGAAAUUAAGGUGUACUUCAUCUACCAGAACUACAAGGCUGACCGGAAAAGCCUGGACGCUUUAGCAAGAAAAGCCCUGACUCUGCUGCUUUCCGUCUGCGUUCCAGCAUUGUUUGUUAUUUUGGUGGCCAUCGACCGCAUGGAGUACGUCAAGGCUUUUAAGAAGAAGGAGGAGAUUAGAAAUCGCUUGUUCUGGGUGGUGGUGGAUCUGUUAGACGUGCUGGACAUCCAAGCCAACCUAUGGGAGCCGCAGAAGAAAGGGCUUCCUAUCUGGGCGGAGGGACUAAUGUUUUUCUACUGCUAUAUUCUUCUGUUAGUGCUGCCCUGCGUGUCUCUGAGUGAGAUCAGCAUGCAGGGCGUUAACAUCAGCCCUCAUAAGAUGAUGCUCUACCCAAUUCUGAGUUUGGUCACCAUUAACAUCGUAACCCUUUUCAUUCGCGGAGGGAAUAUGCUUCUCUAUAAAGACAACCGUGUCUCGGGCAUACUGAUGGGUAAAAACGUACUAGCCAUAAUUCUGAAGAUGUGCAGCUUUGCGCAGUACAGGAGACAUCUUCGGAACGCUCCGGAAGCGUUCGGAACAGAACUGCGGAAGAAUUCGGUACCGUCGAGUCGCUCUGUGCAGAGACCUCGACAGACCGCACCACGGGAUCAAAGUGUGCUGCCCGAGGUGGACGCGUGCGAACGCACGUGACGCCGAAUUUGCA